AUGGGGUGGGUGAUUGGUGUGAUUGUAGAAACGGAGGAUACUCUGCUCCAUUCUGAAGGUGACAGCUGUGAGGACAGUGAGCAGGAGGAGGUCAGGUCACUGCGCGAGCAGGUGUCUCAGAGCCAGUCUGACCCUGACCAGCUACCAGUCACACAGGCCAGCAUCAGUGAAAGGAUAGUAAAGGUGGAGUCAGCAGUGGACUCAGAGCAGGCUAGCCCAUCACCAGGACAAGUCCCGAACCAGGAUAAGACUUACAGGCAACGACUGCAGUUCUACCAGGAGGCCCAGCAGAGACAAGCACAACUUGUUCAAAAGCUGCAAAUGAAGGUUCUUCAGUACAAGAACAGAUGUGGAGAACUCGAAGAGCAGGUGCUGCAGAAAACCUCAGAAUCUGACAAGCUGAGACUGUUGCUGCAGACCCAUCUGGACUCAACCAAGCGGCAGCUUACGACAGAGAAGGACCUCAGCGUGGCCGUCCACAGCAAAUCCUGCCAGCUGCAGGAGGAACAGAAGAGAUGUGCCAGCCUCAGCCAAGUCAACUCCGUACUGCGGCAACAAUUGCAGCAGGCAACCACGGUCACCCACGGGCUGCCGGAGAGUUUGUGGAAAGCCCGUGAAGAGUUGAGUGAUACCCGACUGCGGAGACAUUCCCUUGUUGCUGGCUUCUCUCUGCAGAUGGGUAACUCUUGGUUGAGUCACAAACAGGCUCGUGUCAGAGCACUGUGGCGCCAGGCUGACUCCCUACGGACUGCUUUCACCCAUCUAAGGACUUUCACUGACAGAACUUUGUCUGAGAUGCGCGUAGAAUGUGUCGCUGCCAGCCAACAGCUCCACAUUGCCUGCAUGAACCUAGAGGCCAGAGCAUCUCAGGAGAGCUCCUCAAGCAGUGUGGAGAUGUCAUCACUGGAGAAACAGCUGAAAGACAAACUCAAGGAGACCAUGCAGCUUCAGGGUCGCUGGGAUUCAGAGAAAAUCGAGCUUAACUCCAGGAUUCUGGAACUGACUGACACUGUGAAACACCUCAGGAUCCAGAUCAGUGAGAAAGAUGUGAGCUUCAAAGCCAUGCAGAUCAGCCUGGAUAAGAUGGAGGCAAGAAGAGCUGAAGAAAAAUUGGAGACGGAGGUCCUCCAGGCAGAGAUCCAAGCUUUCCAAAAUAUUUUAUACCAUGUGGAACAGCUGGUUGAAGGUGAGGCUGAUAGCAGCAACAGCUCUGACUGUUUGUCCUCUCCGUGCCAUGGCCAGUCACUGAGGAACUCCACUCUGAAAGCUGUGCAUAGCGCUCUCGCCAAGCACCAGAAAGAAUCCCAGGACCUGAGAAAGCAUUUGGAUGCUGCCUUGGAGGAAGUAAAUGCAUUGUGUAAUCACCUACAAGAGCGAGACAGUGAGAGGAAAGAGCUGGAACAGAAGAUCCAAGAAGUAAAGAGAGAAAGUGAGGAGAUCAGAAAGACCCUGGACAAAAACCUCUGUGAAAAUAAGAUGUGUCACAGCUCACUGGAGCUGAUUUCCAGUGAGAAGAGCAACCUGGAGAAGCUGCUGUCAGGAUUGCAGCAGGAGGUCGACACUCAGCACGCUGAACUGGAAGUUCUGAGGAGGUCAUCACUGGACCUCCACAGACAGAAAGAUCUCCUCAGGCAGCAAAAAGAAGAUCUGGAGAUGCAGCUGGCAGGCCAGUGUGCAGAGGCACAAAGGAGUGAGAGGAGUUUGGAGGAGCUAGAACAAAAGCACUCCGAUCUGCACAGGGAGCUUGUGACAGUAAAGGAAGCAUUGAAUCAAAUUACCCUGCAAAAGGAGGUGUUGGAGGAUGACAAGGCCAGCCUUUCUCUGGCUUUCAGCAAGCUGGAGACCCACAGUGCUAUCCAGGAAUUAGCUCUCACCAAGCUGCAGAAUGAGGAGGCUGCACUGAGAGAUUCCUUGGCUAAAAUGGCGAGCCUGAGUGAGGGCUUAGCCAAAGACAAGGUGGAGUUGAACCGUAUUCUGCUGCAGACAGAAGGUGAGAAGGCAGAAUUCAGUGAGCGCAGACGGGAAGCUGAGGUUGAGCGGGCAGCAGCCAGAGAGGAGACAGCAUGGGUGCAACAGGAGAUGAUCAAUUUGCUCACUCAGAAACAGGUUUUGGAGAACUUUAACACUCAUUUUCAAGAGCUCUGCCAGAAGCUUGAGUCGGAGCUGAAUCGGGUGCAGAAGGAGAACACUCAGACCCUGCAACAGCACUCACAGGUCAACAGACAAAUGCAAAGUGUUUCGAAGGAGCUGUGUGCAUGCAAGAAGGAGCUGGAGAUGCAGGUCACAGCCCUAAAGAGAGCUAUCAAUGACAGGGAAGAGCUGUCCAAGGACAAGGCCAUUCUGGAUGUCAAGCUGAUCUCUGCUGAAGGAAGAGCCUGUGGUCUCACACAGGAACUGGUUGCACUAAGGGUGGAGAAGGAGUCCCUGGAGGCAGCUCUGUUUGAAAGCCAGGAGUUGGUGUCAACACUGGAGUCUCAGUACGCAAGAAUAGAAGGGGACAGGCGCAGUUUGCUCCUGGCUAAUGAGGCCUUGACGCAUGAAACUGCUCAGAUGCAUGCUGAUGCUGAAAAGCAGACUGCAGAAGCAACACAAGAUCGAUGUAACAUGGAGGAGAAACUAGCUCAGAUGGAGAGGAAUGCUCUGCUGGCCAUGAAAGACAAAGAGCAAAGUCACAGAGAGCAGCUGGAAAGUGAACACAAACAUAUGGAGCAGCAGUGUGCAGAACUGAGGAUUGAACGGGAGCAGGCUGAGGAGCAGCUGCGGAGGCAGUUUGAGGAGCUGCGUGUGCGCAGCCAGACAGAGCUGCAGCAGGUGCAAAACAAACUAACCAGGCUGCAGCAGGAUUGCAACCAGAAACUCCUGCAGGCGGAAAGUGAAAAGCAGCAGGCUUUAUCCCAGAAGGAAGCAGAAAACUUUGGCCUGACAGAGAAGCUGGCAGCCCUGCAGCAGGACUUGGCAUUAGCAGGCAUGGAGGUGGAGUGCACGCAGAGGGAUGCAUUGAACAAACAGCAGCAGGACAAGAGUGUCAUAGCAGCCCUUCAGUCUGAACUUGACAACUUAAAAGCCCGAUUUGAGGAUUCUUUGAGCUCCCAUGACAAUGAAAAGAAGAGUCUCACUGACCAGGUCAAAGAGCUGAACCAACAGAAGGAACUUGCCCAAAAUAAGGUCAAGGCUCUGCGUCAGCAGUUACAAGAGGCAGAGGAAGGACUAAUGAAAGGGCAACAAGAGUUGACUGAUUCUCACAGGAAGCUCCAGGAGUUCGUACAACAGAGAGACAAGCAACGAAAAGAAGUUCUGGACCUGAGAAGGCUCCUGGGAAAUGAGACCAGAGAGAAUGAGGCCUUUCAGUCUUCUAAUCAGGAGCUAAGGGCUUUCAUCAGGCGGGCAGAGAGUGACAACAACAGUUUGAGACGAGCUGUGGAGGAGAAGGAACAGAAAGUGACCAUCCUUGAGGAAAGUAACAGUUCACUGGUCGAAGAGGCAAACACUCUCAGAAGUAGCAUGAGAGGAUUGGAGAAGUCUCACCUCCAAGCACACAGAGAGCUGCAGGAGCUGCGCAGACAGAUAAAGAUGCUUGAACGUGAGAACAGCCAACAGAAACAGGACCUUCAAGAGCUGCAGGCUCAGGUGUGUCAGGAGGAGCAGAAAGAGGAGGAGGCACGUCACGAAGCCUUCAGUCUGAAGCAGAGAGUGCUGGAGUGCGAGGCUGGCAGAGAUGCAGCACUGAAUGAGGUUGCAGGUUUGCAGCAUCGUGUGGUGCAGCUGGAAAAAAGAGAGAAUCAGAACUUAGAACAGCUGCAGCAAAGAAAGGCUCACCUACAGCAGACUGACCAGAAGUUCAGAGAAACCACUGCCCAGCUGGAGGGGGCGCUGGAGGAUUCGAGAGGUCACGUCAGAGAACUCACUGUGCGAGCAAGCCUUUCCGAGGUCAAGGCCAAGGGCUUGGAAGAUCAGCUCGGCCUGUGUGAAACAGUGUGUCGAGACCUGGAGCUGAAGUUGGCUGGGUUAUAUUCAGCUGUGCGCCACGCUGUGGGCAUCAGUCGGGCACAGCUUUCACCCACAUCUCGGUCUCGUACACGGUCUCCUUCUCCCUGGAGAGCUCAGCUGCAAAUGAAAGGGGGCAGCAAUGUGACAGUUGGAACUGCACUGCCACAGUCUCCUGGUGAGGAUGAAGAUCUGGAUGUGGACUCUGUGUACAUGUCCCUCCAGGAAUUCUAUCAGGAACUCCAGGACACACAGCGAAUCAGGGAUGAAGCAAAAGCUCACAGUGUCGGCCUUAGUCAUCAAGUCACAGAGCUGCAACAACACCAGACUAAGUUACUGAUCCAGCUGCAACAACUACAGAAAACUUUAAAGGAAUCAGAUGAGGGAAAACAGAAGUUGGCACAACAGUUGCAUGGGGUUCAGGCUUCCCUUUCCAUGCAGGAGGAAGCAGCACAUCAUGCAGAGAGGGAGAAGAUUAACCUUAAGGAGGAGGUGUCUCAACUGAAGACGAGCUUGCGCGCUGCUAAGGCUGAGUCCAAGGACAGGCUGGAGCUACUGCAGGGCCUAGAAUUACAUGCAGAUGCACAACAACAGAAGCUCAAGGACACUUUGGACGCAGCAGACAGCAGAGUGAAUCAUCUGGAGCUGUCCAAGCGCACCCUGGAGGGUGAGCUGCAGCGGGCUCAGCUGAGGGCGGCAGAGCUGGAAUCAACAGUGGGGGCACUGCAGGACAGAUUAACAGAGCUAAGGAGGAAGCUCAGUGACAGCGAGGAGCGCUGUGCAGCUCUGAGGGUCAAUGAGGAAAGGCUGGCCAUGUUACUGGUUCGAGCCGAGCAGCGUGAGAGCCAGCUGAGAGACCAGGUCCACAAAUUAUCAGCCGCAAUCGGUGACAGUAGGGCCAGUACAGGAGCUCUGCAGGAGCAGAUGACGCAGCUGCAGAUGACCCUAAAUGGCAGUGAGAAGGACCGGCAGCUGCUGCAGGAACACCUGGAUAAAACACGAGAUGCCCUUUCAGACAUGCAGAGGCUGAACCACACACUUACAAACAGUACACAAAGCCUUCAAAGGGCCCAAGAAGACUUGGAGUUAAAAUACACUGAGCUGGAAAAACACAACAAGAUGCUAAAGGAGAAGCUGAAGGAGCAGCAGGAGGCUGAACUGCAGGCGCGGGAGAGCUCCCAGUACCUGCACAGAGACAAGGAGAGACUCCAAGGGGAGUGUGCUGUCCUGCAGAACUCCUUAAAAAAGCUGCAGAGUGAGAGAGCCCAUGUGGAGAAGGUGCUGGCACGCCUGGGGAAAGACAAAACUGCACUCAGGGCGGCGCUGGAGAAGGUGGAGCUGGACAGGCUGAGGAGGGAGGAGGAGGUGGUCGCAGGAGCACGAGAAAAGGAGCAUUUGGAGCAGAAAGUCUGCAGACUGGAGCAGGAGCUGCACGAAAAGCACAAUAAACUUCACACUCUACAGGUUCAGAUCUCCCAGUUAGAGCGCUGUCAUGCACAACAAUUACUGGAGGUGAUAGCACAUCAUCAGCAGGAGUUGGAUUUGGAGACAAAUCGUCUGAGAGACAAUCAGAUCCAAGUGGAGCAGGCCAUAGAGAAGAGGGAGAAGGCUCACCGCCAGAGGGUCAAAUGCCUGGAGGAUCAGUUGCUGACUCUGACAGAGCAGUUUGAUCAGGAGAUGAGAAGACGACAGACAUAUUGAGUCAGAUGCUGCGGCCUGGUGUGUAAGCAGAGUCUCUUUCGCAAAAGCACAUAGUGCCUCUGGCUUCCACGUUUGCUGUUCUUUUGGCAGCUGCCAAGCAUACACACCACUUUUUCAUGCGGACAUGUGCAUGCCGGAUUACAUUAAUCUAUGGGAAAA